CCGUCUACAGAAUUCCCCUUCACCACAGACCAAGGCACCCACGAGGCCUACGUGGAGCUACAGGAGCUGGUGAUGGACGUCCGGAACCAGGAGCCGCUCUGGAUGGAGGCGGCUCACUGGGUGCGGCUCGAGGAGAAUCGGGGGGCUACGGGGGGCUGGGGAAGGCCCCACCUCUCCUUCCUCCGCUUCUGGAGCCUCCUGCACCUCCAGCGGGCCUUCGCCAAGGGCACGAUGCUCCUGGAUCUGGAUGAGCAGAACAUGGCCGGAAUCGCCAACCAGCUGUGCGACCAGCUCAUUUACGAAGGGCAACUCAAGCCACAGGAUAGGGAUGCUCUGUUCCGGGCUCUGCUGCUCAGACACAGUCCAGUGGGACAGCUGGAAGCCCUCGGCGGGGUGAACCCCACUGUCCUGCAGGCCUCGGGAAGCACCACAGAGCCGCUACUGCUGCCUGAAUCGCCCUCCCUGGAAGCUCAGCUCUUCUGCGAGCAGGGCGAAGGCAGUGGGGAACCUUCCCAUGUGCUAGAGAAGAUUCCACCUGAUGCCGAGGCCACCAUGGUGUUUGUGGGGCGGGCUGCUUUCUUGCAGGCUCCGAUCCUGGCCUUCGUCCGGCUGAAGGAGGCGGUCAAGCUGGAGGCCAUGGAGCUGCCAGUGCCAGUCCGCUUCCUGGUCCUGCUGCUGGGCCCCGAGGCCACCCACACCGACUAUGGCCAGAUGGGCCGGGCCGCUGCCACGCUCAUGGCUGAGAGGGUGUUCCGCGUGGCGGCGUACAUGGCUCAGAGCCGCAUAGAGCUUGUGGAGGCGCUGGAGGGGUUUCUGGACUGCAGCCUGGUCCUGCCUCCCACCAUCUCGUCCAACGAUCAACUGGUCCAAAGCCUGGUGCCCCUGCAGACCGAGCUGCUGCGUCGCCAUUACCAGACCAUGCCCACCAAGGCAGACCCCGACUUCCUCAAGGGGCUAGGUCCGCCCGGGGGUCCCAGAGAGCCGGGCGGAGAGGACGACCCCCUGCGACGGACGGGCCAGCUGUUCGGGGGUCUGGCCCGCGACGCUCGGCGACGGUACCCCCGCUAUCUGAGCGACAUCACCGACGCGUUCAGCCCCCAGGUCCUGGCCACGGUCAUCUUCAUCUACUUCGCCGCCCUCUCUCCCACCAUCACCUUCGGGGGUCUCUUGGGGGACAAGACGCGGAACCAGAUUGGAGUGUCGGAGCUGCUCAUCUCCACGGCGGUGCAGGGCAUCUUGUUUGCCCUGCUAGGGGCCCAGCCCCUCCUCGUAAUUGGCUUCUCGGGGCCACUGCUGGUCUUCGAAGAGGCCUUCUACUCGUUCUGCGAGGACAACGGGAUGGAGUACAUAGUGGGCCGCGUGUGGAUCGGCGUCUGGCUGGUCCUGCUGGUGAUGCUGGUGGUGGCCUUCGAGGGCAGCUUCCUGGUGCGCUACAUCUCCCGCUACACCCAGGAGAUCUUCUCCUUCCUCAUCUCCCUCAUCUUCAUCUACGAGACCUUCGCCAAACUCAGCCAGAUCUUCCAGGACCACCCGCUGAAGCGAUUCUACAACUACAACGUCACCUGGACGCCCCAGCCCAGCGUGGCCCUCCCCAACACGGCCUUGUUGUCCCUGGUGCUCAUGGCGGGGACCUUCGUCAUCGCCAUCCUCCUGCGCAAGUUCAAGAACAGCUCCUACUUCCCGGGCAAGUUGCGCAGGGUCAUUGGUGACUUUGGGGUCCCCAUCUCCAUCUUCCUUAUGGUCCUGGUGGACAGCUUCAUCCAAGACACCUACACUCAGAAACUGAAGGUGCCCAGGGGCCUGACAGUGUCCAACAUCACAGCCCGAGGCUGGUUCAUCCACCCGCUGGGCCUGCGCCGAAAGUUCCCUUACUGGAUGAUGUUUGCUUCCGUCCUGCCGGCCCUGCUGGUCUUCAUCCUCAUCUUCCUCGAGUCCCAGAUCACCACGCUGAUCGUCAGCAAGCCGGAGAGGAAGCUGGUGAAAGGGUCCGGCUUCCACCUGGACCUGCUGCUGAUCGUGGGCAUGGGCGGAGUGGGCGCGCUCUUCGGGAUGCCCUGGCUCAGCGCCACCACCGUCCGCACCAUCACCCACGCCAACGCCCUCACCGUCAUGGCCAAGAUGACCUCGCCCGGGGACAAGGCCCGGGUUCAGGAGGUCAAAGAGCAACGGAUCAGCGGGCUCCUGGUCUCCCUGCUCAUAGGCCUCUCCAUCCUCAUGGAGCCCAUCCUGAAGCGGAUCCCGCUGGCCGUGCUCUUUGGGAUCUUCCUGUACAUGGGCGUCACCUCGCUCAGCGGCAUCCAGCUCUUCGAUCGCAUCCUCCUGCUGCUGAAACCCGCCAAGUACCACCCUGACGUGCCCUACGUGAAGCGGGUGAAGACCUGGCGCAUGCACAUGUUCACGGGCAUCCAGGUGGUGUGCCUGGUUCUGCUGUGGGUGGUCAAAUCCACGCCCGCGUCCCUGGCACUGCCCUUCAUCCUCAUCCUCACGGUGCCCCUUCGCCGCUUCCUGCUGCCCUUCAUCUUCCGCGAAUUAGAGCUCCAAUGUCUGGAUGCGGACGACGCGGAUGUGGUGUUGGACGAGGAAGAUGGGAGGGAUGAAUACGACGAGGUGCAGAUGCCCGUUUGAGCGGGUGGGCGAGGUGGGACCCGGUGGGGGCGAACUGAUGCCCACCUCCCACCCGCGGGGCCACCUACACCAGCCUGGGGAAGGAAUGAGACCAUCGGGGGCGAACAAAAAGAGUGUUUGGCUUUGUUAGUUGUGU